AUGCAAAGGAUACGCUUUAAGGAAAAUGAAGAUAAUAUCAUUAAAGAGGUGAUGGAAAGGUUGGAUCAUAAACAACGUAACUGUUAUAAGAUUGUACAAAAUGUGCUUGCUAGGAAUUCUAUCCAAAAAUCCUUAAAACAAAUCCGUCAACGUUAUAAAAAUAAUCUGGACCAAAAACUUUGGAAAGAACCUUUAAAAGUUUAUGAACAAGAUUUCGUCAUUCAAUGGAUUGAAAAUAAUAAAAAACCGAAAGGUAAAAUUAGCUAUGCAAAUUUAAGUAAUGUGAUGAAAAAUAGGUUCGGUAAAUUGUACUCCGAGAACAAACUCAAGAAUUUUUGGAAUUCCAGAAAAGAAAGAAAACUUUUAAAAGAUAAAAUAAAACAAGGUGAAAUAACUAAACUUCAUUUUGAUGAAGAGAAAUCCAAAACUACGUCAUCGCUCUCUGUUCCCAUUAUUACAAGUUUUAAUUCUACAAGAAAAGUCUCAGAACGCUCAAUUCCUCCUGUGCUUCCUCCUAUUUAUACGCAUGACUCUCUCUUGAAAAAUCAAGCUCCUUCAGUGAUUUACCCGGUUUCUCAAUAUCACCUAAUGUCUAUUUAUAUACCUCUUCCAAUUCUUUCUACAAUUCUUCCUCCCAUUGAUUCUCCAAAUGAAUUGCACUUGAGAAAUCAAGCUUCAUCACUCCAAUUCAAACUUUGA